UGUACAUUUAAUUUUGUAGUUUCCUAUAAGUAGCCCUGUACCUUGAUGACAGCUUUGCAUAUAGUAGUCUUGAUUCUAGACCAGUGUUUCUCAACCCUGCUCUUGGAUGCCCUCCAGCCUUGAAUGAUUUAGAUCUCUCCCUGCCUUAACAUACCUGAUGUAGAUCAUGAAGGACUUGAUAAUGAGCUGAUUGUUUGAAUCAGGUGUGACAGAGCAGGGGGAAUCAAUGGUGACCACAACAUUCGAAAACGAGCUCUAUUUGGGAUGGCCGUGCAAUGUUCAUCGUAAUGGAAAUAAACAUCAGGGGGUACUUUUGGAUGUCUGCCACUACCAUUCACAAACGAUUUAAAUCGAAGAUCAGACGAACAGAGGCUACACUGCAAGCUGCAAAGCACUGGUUAUCCCCCAAAACAGCCAGUUUACACGUUGCUGAAAGGAGUGGCCAGAGAAUUUAAUUCAGUUAGACAAAUUAAACUGUAUUCCCUGAACGAUGGGGAACCGUUCUAAUUUUCAAAUCCACCAAGUAUACGAUUGGUUGCGCGUCACUGCUUUUUCAGGAAGCAGUACUAAAAAGCAGUACUAAAAAAUCCACAACCCGGAAGUACUCACUCAUUGCCGUUUGUCUGGAUCGGUCUGUGUACACAGGUCAACCAUGGGCAGUGUGUUGGCUGCCACACCCCCCCCUCCCACCCCGUCUCCAGGAGGUGGUGGUGUCCUGGGUGGUACUGGUUUGUUGUCAGUCCCCCCAGGGUUCUCCAUGCCUCCUGUCUCUCCAGUCCCUCCCCCCACUUCUCCCGGACAGGCAGCAGGUGAAUCGGCGAGCCCCCCUUCCAACCCUGGCACCUAUGAGGAGUGUCACCGCAAGUGCAAAGAAGUGUUCCCCAUGCAGAUGGAAGGAGUGCGACUGGUGGUGAACAAGGGCCUUAGCAAUCACUUCCAGGUCAGCCAUACCAUCACUCUCAGCUCCAUGGCUGAUUCUGGCUACCGUUUCGGUGCGACGUAUGUGGGGACUCAACAGACGGGACCUGCAGAGUCAUUCCCAGUCUUGGUGGGAGACAUGGACAACAGCGGCAGUCUAAACGCCCAGGUUAUCCACCAGCUCACCCGCACUGUGCGCUCCAAAAUAGCCAUCCAGACUCAGCACCACAAGUUUGUGAACUGGCAGUGUGACAUGGAAUACCGUGGGGGCAACUUCACCUCCGCUGUUACCCUGGGCAACCCAGACAUCCUCAUCGGCUCUGGUAUUAUCGUGGCUCACUACCUCCAGUCCAUCAGUCCUGCCUUGGCGUUGGGAGGAGAGCUGGUCUACCACCGAAGGCCUGGGGAGGAGGGCGCAGUCACCUCCCUGAUUGGUCGAUACACAGGCAGUAAUUAUGUGGCCACAUUGACAUUAGGAGGAGCUGGUGCCCAUGCAUCAUACUACCACAGAGCCAACGACCAGCUGCAGCUGGGGGUGGAGUUUGAGGGCAGCACGCAGACACGGGAGACUGCAGUAUCGUUUGGCUACCAGCUGGAUCUCGCUAAAGCCAACCUGCUCUUCAAAGGUUCGGUGGACAGUAACUUGGUGAUGGGGGCUGUUCUGGAGAAGAAGCUGCAGCCUCUGCCCCUCUCCUUGGCCUUGGGCGCUUUCCUCAACCAAAAGAAGAACACGUUUCAGUGUGGCUUCAAUGUCACUGUCGGCUAGAGUGCCGUAGACCUCCUCCAACCACACACUGGGACUGGACAUGAAUAGCAUGUAACUCAUUGAUUCAGCGAGAUACUGUAAAUUCAAGGGCAGAUGGUGGCAGAGGAUGUUACUCUGUAUCAAGGGACCUGGAUUGGACAAGCCAGACUGAGAUGGUAGAACAAGUGUAUUUCAGUUAUAGUAUACGCUCCUCUAUUUAUUGGGACAGUGAAGCAAAGGCAAACGACUUAGUGGUUAGGGGUUGUGGUCUUCUACCUCCAUUUAAAAAAAAAAAAUGGUUUAGGGGUUGUGAUCUUCUACCUUCAUAUAAAAAAAAAAAAUAUGGUUUAGGGGUUGUGAUCUUCUACCUUCAUUAAAAAAAAAAAUGGUUUAGGGGUUGUGAUCUUCUACCUUCAUUUUUAAAGAAUGGUUUAGGGGUUGUGAUCUUCUACCUUCAUUUUUUAAAGAAUGGUUUAGGGGUUGUGGUCUUCUACCUUUCUUUAAAAGUGUUCUUCAUUUACAAUAAUGGCUUGAUUUGUGAACUCAUCUUGAAUCUUAAACGCUGUGUACGUAUAAAGCCAAAUGUACAUGUUUUUGCUUUUGUAGGUACAUUUUUAGGUUUGUUAUCAGUAAAGAGGGACCACAUCAGAUGAUGCAUGUGUGAACACACUUCAUAUCAGUCCAAAAUGUGAUUUGAGUGAAUGUAUGACUAAUUGAAAAUAAAGCUAAUACUUUUGUAGCUGUC